CCUACGACGACUGCGCACUGAGCAGAUUGUCCACAAGGUCAGCGGCACGUGUAGCGGACUGUCAUUCUGUUACGCACUCACCGGCUACUUCGUCGCAGUUUCGUGAACUGACUUGACUUGGUAACUCAAACGUCGGCGUUGUGAUCGGUUAGAUCAGCGAUUUAUCUGGAACAUGGCAAGAGGAGGUCGUAGUCGCCCGUCUGCACCUGUCAGUGCUCCUGCCCCAUCCUACGCCCCGGCGCCUGUCGCUCCUCCCCCCACAGCCCUGGCUCCAGCUCAGCCCAAGCAGCCGGGCCUGAUGGCCCAGAUGGCCACCACUGCCGCGGGGGUGGCGGUGGGCUCGGCUGUGGGGCAUGUGGUGGGGGGCGCUCUGACGGGGGCAUUCAGUGGUGGCAGCAGCAGCAGCAGCCCUGAAGCAGCCAAGCCUGCCAGCACUUACCAGGAGCCGCCCCGCAUGGCCCCCCAGCAGGGCCCGUGCCUGUACGAGGUGCGGCAGUUCCUGGACUGUGCCACCACGCAGACGGACCUCAGUCUGUGCGAAGGCUUCAACGAGGCCCUCAAACAGUGCAAGUUCUCACAGGGUGUGAAUCAACUGGUUUGACUGAACUUGUGAGGUUGAUCCAACAAGAACUCAACAGAAAAAUAAACCCUCACGGACAACUCAAGUCAUCUAUCAGAAUCAAUCGCUCUAGACGCACAUAAAUGUUGUAGUUGUAACAUGUACUUUGGACUUAUGAUUAUGUAUAUGAGAUUGUGAAAUAAAAGCUGCUAUGUACUUGU